AUGCUCAUGGAACCCGUCUUGUGCUCCUCCCGCCGAGAAUCCUGGCCGCCGACCCAGCUCCGCCUGUCGCCCGCCAUGUCCAUCAAGAAGAGGCCCGCCGCCGCCGACCUGGAGCCCCGGCCGCUGCUCGAGGACAUUGACGACAACCCGCUCACCUACUUCCUGACCCCGAUCCCGGCCGACGACGCCGACGUCGACGAGAUGGACCUGGACGACGUCGACAUGAUGGACUUUGACGCCGGCAUCGAGGACGCCAGCCAGCCCCGCGAGGCCGUCCGCAGCGUCAGCCCCUCGUCGCUCGAGGGGCUCCGCAAGCCCGACUGUGCUGCUGCCCGUCCGGCGUCGCCCGAGUACGACUCGGAUGCGCUCACCACCGACGACGACGACGACGAGGACUACAUCCGCUUCUCGCCGUCGUCGCCGUCGUCCUUCAUGCUUUCGCCCCUGCGCGACCUGGCCGUCGAGGGCCUCCGCUUUCGAUCAAAGAGCCCCAUGUUUGGCCUCUCCAACGACACCUUUCUCUACCCGGGCUCCAUGUCCGUGCCUGCGCCUUCGUCGUCGUCGUCGUCGUCGUCGGGGCGCCGGGGCCGAGGCCGUACCAAUAGCCGGGGACCGACGCGCCACCAUAUGCAGACGAGGAGCCUGUCUGCUCGCGUGCGGGACAAUCACCUGUGGCGGGAGCCCAGCCCCGAUGUCUGGUCCAUUGAGGAGGAGACUGAGGAGGAGCUCAUGAGCGAUGCUGGGGUGGACGUCAAGGCUGCGAAGCCGAAGAAGAAGGUCCGCUUUGUGCUUCCCGAGAAGCAGGAGUGA